CAACAACUGUCGCCCUUCAAUGACGUCAUGUCUACGCAAUCAUUCAGUCCAACGGUUACACUGGCAGUCAUGUACUGAGAGGCUGAAAUGAUCAAUAAUUAUAAUAUAUGUGCAAUUAUUGAUAGGACGUCGUACAGGAGGUCAUAAAAGUAAUAACGAAUACGACAUCGAACGUUUGGCGACGCCGCUGUUGCAUGCUGGGAAGGUGCUCAUCUCGCCAGCUCAGAAGCUAAAGGCUAGCCGGUAGCCUCCGAGUUAACGGUCCUCGCAUCUGAGCAUGCGCAUCCGGGCGGCGCGCACAAGGGCCGCGGGCACGCGCACAGGUGUGUGACAUCAUCAGGAUGCCCCUCCCCCAGGCUCCUCCCACUGGUGGACCGCCUCCUCCUCCCAGCUCCUGCCAGGUGCAAGGUGGCGGCGUGCUGCUGUCAGACAGGUGUAAAGGCGGGGGGGCGCAGUGCUCACCUGGCCAGACGGGGGACCACCCUUACAUCCGCCUCUACCAGUAUUUACACCAGCAGGGGGCGCCCCCUGAGCCAGGCGAAGGUGGCGCUCGUUCUCCCUCCGCUCGUGCGCCGGCGCCCCUCCCGCCCGCCCGUCACCAUGACGACGCUCCAAGCCCCUCCCCUGAGCAAAGGCGAGCCCCCAACGCUGCAGGCUCCUCCCACGCCCCUUCCAGUCGUCGAGGCAACGCCCCUUCCCCUCCCUCCUCCUUUGCGGACAAGCCCCUCCCUCUGACACCCGCGCCGCCAUCGCCCGCCAACAGCAGACGGCCGCCCACCACCGGAGGAAACCCCCCCGCCGUCUGCACUUCGCUGGCCCCGCCCCCUCCGACCUACCACCUGGCCGAGGUCUCGUGCGUCAACAAGAGGACCGCCCCCUUGCCGGGGGGGCACGCCUCAGCCAGAGGUCCCGCCCCCCCGCCGCCCCCGCCGUCCCCGAGCCAGUCCCACAGGCCGACCCCCCCUCCAGGGCGAGGACCAGCGAGCAGAGAAGCUCCGCCCCCUCCUCCAUGCCGGGCACCAGGUAGCCCCUCCCUCUCUUCUGACCCCCCCGCACGGGGGAAACCUCCUCCCCCGCCUUCUCGCACCCCAGCUGCUCCUCCCCCGCCUCCUCCUUCUCUCUGCCAAGGACACGCCUCCUCGCCCUCCUCAUUGGCUGAGGAUUUUGAGUCCAAAUAUUUGUUCCAUUCGCUGGAUGACUUCCCUCCUCCAGACGAGUACCGACACUUCGCCAAGAUCUACCCCAGCAAGGCCUACAGAGCCAUGAGAGGCGCUCCUCCACUGCCCCCUGUUGGCAGGUGAGGGGACAUGACUGCACGCCACUCCUAGAUGACAUCAUAUCUCCACCAAACGGCCAUGUCUUCUUUUUUUUUUUUCGUAUAAACCUUUAUUUAUAAUAUGCAACAUUUACAUACAUGUGUAACCUAUUUUGACGUCAUGUUUAUGUUACGUAUGUUCAUUUUGUUUCCAAAGCCCGCUCCACCGCAACGUGUCACCACUUCCGCUCCGAGCGCCUUCAAAAUAAGAGCUCGAGGCAUAUACUGUAUAACAGGAGCUUAACGUCCCAAAGAGGCGAGUCAGGCAAAUAAAUAAUAAUAAACAUGUCAGUGCGAUCACGUGACAUCAUGCGGUAAACAUGGAAGCUUCCGGGAGAUCCCGCUGUGGUCGUUUUCUGAAUCCUAUCUUUUAUUUUGAAAGGUGUGUCGCUGCCGUGGCCACGUGACUGGAGUUGUAGCUGUGACGUAAAUAUGAUUGACGUCAACGUGUAGCGUAAUGAUGACCAAUAAACAUGCAUUUCAAUGAA